GACCUAGAAGGGGACAUGUGGAGGGAAAAGGGGCAGGGAGCCCAUGUGAUCAUCAGAAUGAGACAGGCACUGAAAGAGUUUUCCAAUCUUCUGCUGGUUGUGCUCUGCGAUCAUGUUCUGGGAGCAAUGGAAUAUCUUCUGCUCCAACAACCAGCUCAUGUAGCUUUAAGCAACAGUACCAUCUCACUUGAAUUCCACCAUUAUUACGAUGGAAAUGUGACACUGAAAAACAUGUCCAUCUUGCUGCUCGAAGCUGGCACCAACCAAACUGUUGCAGAAAAACAGCUCUCACAAAACCAAUACCAAGAUAUUGUGGUAUUUGAGUGUUACCAUUUUAAGAGUGUGGGGAGCCACUGGUUCAGAAUAGUCUCUGAGAUCAGCAACAGCACCAAUACCUGGUGGAAUGAAGAUAGUCUUCCUCUAAUUGUGAAGUGGCCUGAAUUUCAUAUCGAUCUACGGAGGACCUCAGAGAGACAUGGGAAUUCCCUUCAGCUUGGGCUGUUUACCAAUGAAUAUUUAUGUCCGAUUAAUAAGACAGUGAUUUAUCUGGAUGUAAUACUAACUAGCAGCUUGUAUGAUUUAGGAAAAUUGAUCUCAAAUGAGACAGUAGGCCUGAGAACUCGCAAAGAACUGUCUCUUUCUAGGUCUCAGUGGGUGACAGUUGACUGUCAUGUUGUUGAUCAGUUAGCAUACGUUGCAGCCUUACUGAAAUCAGCAAAGAAGCAUUCCAUCAUUGCUUCAGUGGGACCUGUGGAACUUGUGCACAGAUUUGGAUACAAGAUCAUUGUAACACAAGAAACAAUGUGUGAAUCUUCCAUUGUGGUUUCAGUCAUUCCUCCCCCAUGCACUUCUGCUGGGGGGCACAUUGCUGUAUUCAAGGAUCCGCUUGAACUUCCGAGUCAGAAAGCACCAACGAUACACGAAGAUAUCCUGAAGCCAGAUGACAACCAGAUAGAAUUCAAUUGUACUCUGUUUGACGAGGGAACAAAUAAAUACUGUUUUGAGUUUAGACGUCUGAGCCGGAUUGAUUUCCUACCGCAAGCAAAAGAAUGCGUGCUAAUUCUAAGGAAUAUUGGACACUGGAGUCUUUGGCAGGCCUGGAGUCCAUGUAGCGUGACCUGUGGGGAUGGUGUCCGUGAGCGUUAUCGUGAGUGCCUCGCAUCAUUCCCUGUCCUCCUAAAACAAGGUUGCAAUGGGAUGCAUCAGGAGAUUUCUCCGUGUUCUUUGGAGGAGUGCUAUACCACUAAAUUUACACCCACCAGUACUCUGCAACCUGAAGGAGGCCAGGGGAGUAGUGAUAAUCUGGUAACUAUUACUGGCAUAUCUCUGUGCCUGUCCAUCAUCUUUGCAACCAUCCUUAUCACUUUAUGGAGGAAGCUUUGUAAAGCCCAGAAAUGUAGCACCUCUGUGCGCUGUGACUCCACCCACUCACCCAGCUUUCGGAAGAAUUCUGAUGAGGAGAAUAUCUACCAAGGGAGACAGCAGCGAGAGAGCUUUUCUGAGGGAAGAAAAGACCCUUAUUCAGAAUCUCUUGAAAUACCCUUGAAUUUCAGGAGAAGCCAUCAUUUUAAUCAAGAAGAAGAACGAGGAGGAGAAGUGUCUGGUACUGAGAGCAUUCAGGCCAACGCUCAAAAACUAAUCCCCCCUAUUUUCAGCUAUCGCCUUGCCCAGCAGCAGUUGAAAGAAAUGAAGAAGAAGGGUCUCACAGAAACAACCAAGGUGUAUCACGUUUCCCCAAGCCCUCUGAGUGACACCAUGAGCACAGAAAACCAGGAGGCAGCAGCGACAGCAAACAAGUUUAGAAUCAAGUCUCCCUUUCUGGAGCAGCCACCCAACCAUCUCAACAUAUCUGGGGAAAGACCAUGUUCUAGGGGGGAUUUUCCACAGGCCAAUCCCAUCCUGAGUCCCAGCCAGUCCUUAAUUCAUCAACUAAGAUAUCAAAACAGAGGAGAGCAGCUAGGAUCAGGCUAUCCAAGAUGCUCACAGUUCCGACGAACAGCUAGUUUUCAUGAAAUGAGAAAAGCCAAGCCAUUCAGAAAGAGAAGCAUGUCUACCCUUCCACCACAUCGCACCCCACACUACCCUUGCCGAGCCAGAAAGUGGGACUGCGUUUCAGAAGAACAGUAUCAAGCUAAAUCUAAAGACAUCACUGAAAAUUUGGAAGCGUUCCACCUGUAUCAAAGCACUGCUAAUGAACCCCUGACCUAUGAGACACAGAUUCCCCAGACACUGGAACCUCUUGGGAAAAAGCCAGAUUUGGUCAUUAGUCCUCAACCUGCAUCCCAGGUAUUAUGUGUUGAAAGACUGGAGCAGAGGAGAAACAAAAAGCUCCCCCUUCAGAACCACAGGGAUAUUUGGAGGAAAGAAAUUCCCAUAUUGGCUGUCAGAGAGAAUCAACAGAGAGCAAAUACUCUUAGCCCUAUGCAGUAUAGAAAGAGCAAGUGCCAGAGCUUCCCAUCUGAUCCCAAAUACCACUUUUAUGACAACACUUCCUUUGGUCUCACUGAAUCAGAACUGCAAAUCACUGAUUUGCCUGGAUAUUUUGGCUCAAAUGAAGAUGGUGAGACAAGUACUCUAAGCAUUGAAAAACUGGUGCUCUGAAUGUCAUGCCUGUGACACAGAAGAAAAUGUGGGA